AUGCUAUCGAUGCACCAAGCAAUGCAAUUAAACCGUUUUUGGAACGAGCGGGUUUUUGCAAAAGUUGCAGAAAUCUCCUCAAUCAAAGUUGAUUCAAAGCUUGCAAUCGCUAUGUUGGAGAGGUGGAGACCAGAAACACAUACUUUCCAUCUACCAACAGGUGAAUGUACCAUCACUUUGGAGGAUGUGAGUAUGUUAUUGGGUCUUCACGUGAAUGGUAAGGCCGUGAAUGGUCCUACUCAGGUAGGAGGUGAUGUAUAUAUGGAACAUUUAGGCAUAGAACCUACAACAUCUGAUAAACAUAAAGGGUUCGUUAAAAUUGUUUGGCUACAAAGUACAUUAGCACGAUUACGACAAAAAGCAACACCAUCCGGUGAGGAAAAUAUUUUACAUGCAAAAAUAUAUAUUUUAUUACUCAUAGCUAAAGUAUUAAUGCCAGACAAGAGCCAUAACUAUUUACAUUCUUCUUGGAUACCCCUAGUAGGAGAUUUAGAUAAAUGCAAUAGAUAUAGUUGGGGUUCUGCUUGUUUGGCUACAUUAUAUAGGCAUAUGUGUAAAGCAUGUAUGGUAGGGGUCAAAAGUAUUGGUGGGUGUGUUCUACUACUAAGUGUUUGGACAUAUUGGCGUAUACCACUAAUAGCUCCAGAGUCUCCCGUCAAUGCACACCAUCCUUAUGCAACAAGAUUUGUUCGAAGAGGCAUGGCUUAUCAAAAUAAUCCUCGGCACUACGUCCAAGGAUUUAGAUUUGCACUAGACAGAUUAAGGGCUAACGAUUUUAUUUGGAGGCCAUACCCAAGCUACCCAGAAUGCGUCCUUGAAGAUAUCCAGAUUUGGAGCGCUACAACUUCAAUUAUCAGUUUCCAUAUCGUUGAAAUGCAUCAGGCUGAUAGGGUCAAAUUGCAGUUUGGAUUUCAACAAGAUAUCCCUCCUCAGCCUAGAUGUCUACGUGAACAACAUGAGACUGAUAUGCCUAAUACAUGGGGAGAUCAUUGGCGCAAUAUAAAUAAAGAAGAAAAUAACGAGUGGAGAAACAGAAAAAAAUUGACCCUACGAGGUAACAUGGUUAACGGUAACUAUGUUCAUAGUGCUGCAUAUAUGCAAUGGUUUUUAUCCAUUCCAUUUAUGCACGCUUCUCAAGGUCAGUUCCUAGAGGACCCCCGUCAGUAUGCAACGUCUUCAUCACAACAAAGAUCCUCUUCGCCCAUGCCUCAAGAAAUGCCUCAGGUGAACCCUUCACAAUUUCAAACACAGACAUCUUCAUUCAACCAGCCAACAUUCUUUGCCACCUCCUCUCAACAACCAACACAACCACAACCUCAACCAACAUAUCAACGCACUCAUACCACAUUCUUUGCCACCUCCUCUCAACAACCAACACCGUACACCCCAACCCCACAAACAAACUACUACUACCAACAACAAUAUCAGGAACAAGCCACAUUUCAACCUUCUUUUCAAUUCACUCCGAUCCCUCAGCCUAAUUUUGAUUUCUCUUACCCCCAACCACAACACCAAACAUUUAACCCUUCAAUGUCUCAACCAAGUUCAUCCGGUCGCACCGACAAUGUUUAUUACCCUCCCAUCCAACAAAGCCCUCCAACCACCUUCACCCAACCAUUCCAGUCAGCCCCUAACUUUACCCUAACUGAUGAUCAACUCAUGGAAUGGCCAGGUUUUUCGGUUACUGAUGUGGACAUGCUUGAUACAUCACAUCAACCUGAAAAUGAAGAGUUGACUUCCGACUCUACCCCAUCACCUCCAACAUCACCUCCAAUACGGCAAACUCAAGAGUUAGGCAGGGGAAACGUGUGA